AUGAGCACUUCCAGUCCCGUAUCGACGAUCACCAGGAGUUCUCGUGGCCGAGAAAUGCGACUUCCAGCGACACACAAGGCUGCAGCGGUGAUGCUACCGACUUGGACAGUCGAGCCACCACAUUCUGUGGGGAAGGAAAUGUGCUCGGAUCUGGUGCACCAUCCGAACCGGAGUGUGAGCUUUCGCCUGAAGAAAUUCAUACAAGACUAUCCCAUGGGAUAUCCACGUCAAGCAGCCUUUCAGUCUAGCGAGCCUAGCUGGUCGAUUUAUCGUGCUUUCGACUACCUCCACUCCAGGGUGAUACUGGAUUUGCAAGAAGACCUUCGAAGUCUAGAGACAAAACUUGUCAGCCUUGACGAGAUAGAUGUGGAGAGAGGCGAUGGCAAUCGCGUGACAUCUAGGAAGGACGAUUUGGAGCGAGCCCGAGAGGAUAACGUAGAAAGUAAACGGGCAAGUCUCCUCAGCACAAUCCGAGGCAAGCUCGUCAGCUACGAUGAACUCUUGGGAAAAGCUCGGGAGCUCAAUGCUUUCCAAAGACCUUCAAAGCGGGACUACAGAAGCUUCCGCACUUGGUUCUACAACAAUAAUCCGCUCAGUUAUGUGGCAGAAGAGGAGUUCAUCAGGCGCAAAGAAGAUCUGAUUACUUUGCGCCACGGGCGAGAAUGGUCUGGCUUUGAUGGAUUCGUCGAAUCGUGCGUUCGUGCGAUGCAUGGCCCGUUGACAGUGAAGCUGUUUACUACACAGGAGCUCAGAAAGAAGACCAACGAUCCGGACAUCCGCUAUUAUUCCCAGUCGCGGAUCGAGAAGCUGGUGGGUCUGAUAAUCACACUGAUUAUCUUCAUUCUGCUUGUCUUGCCAGUGGUUGCAAUGUACAAGCUGACGUCGGUUGGAGAUCGCAACUCCACAUUUGACGCUGUGGGUAUCCUAGUGGUAUUCACUCUACUCUUCUCCGCAGCAAUGAGUCUGGUAACGAAGGCAAAGAGGCAUGAACUGUUCGCAGCCAGUGCAGCUUAUUGCGCAGUGCUGGUAGUGUUCAUCUCGAACUUCAGCAACGACAACAACAAUAUCGGCAGGGUGCAGUAG